UAAAGAACUGUCCUCCUACAGGAACAUUAGUUAACGACUUAGCAGUUGUUAGCUAAUUUCGGGAAUACGCUCUUCAGGAGGAUGUAGAACGGACAGAUGAGACAAGCGUCGUAUAAAGUGUGUGUCGGGGUAGCAUGAGACAGGAUAUGCCGUGGUUGUCGGCUGCUGAUAUCGGAUUGCGCGGUGCACCUGGAUCGAUCGUCGAAUGGGGGCACACAUUCUUUCGAAAAACGAAAUCUUGGAGGCCAGAAGCCGACGCGUAUCCUAGAUGAAGAUACAAGUCUUUUUUGAAUACCAGAUGGGCACUCGGACACAAAUCGUAUCACAGAGCUUAUGGGAAUGGUAGAGUGAUAGGUGCGUGUGGCUUGACUGUGUAGUUGUUCGCACAGUGGAGCUGACGUUAUUCUCGGCACCGGUAACCAGUUUUUUCCACAGAAGCUACCUCACGUUGCGUCUGUCACUCGUGAGGGCUCUUUUCGAGCAGCUAGGGAACCACAUAUAUGGGCCCGUCUAACCUAUGGGCAGGUACUUCCAUCUGCUGUUCCGGCUGACAGGCUGAAAUGGAAUGUCUAGGGAUAACGAGACCCUACCGUUGAAAAAAAAGGGUGCAUCAAAGAAGUGAAAGGUACAAAGCAGCAAAUGGUGUACGCGUAGAGGUGUGGCUGGUGCGCGAAGCUCAUGUGUUGAUGGCAGGCGACACUGCCCUCGGUCAUUUCGCCGUGCAGGUGGCGUUCAUGAGUUUCUAUCGUGCGUACUCUCGGCUCUUAGUUUGCAGUGGGAAAUACCAGCGAUAUGAAUAUGCUCAGCGAGUGCAGGAACGUCAACAAAACAGUAAUCACACAACUUGGAUUUGCUAUCUCGGAAAGAGGCGACAACCAAACGAACAGAUAGUCUGGACCUGCAGCAGCACUUUUACACAGGUCCGUGUAAAAAGAAAAAGAAAAGGAAGAGCGCCUCUUGCGUGUGUACACCGGUGUGCGGUUGAACAUCUUUCGCAUAUUUUUUCUGUGCCUGUGAAUUUCCACAGCUGUCUCCAGCAUGUAAAGGCUGCUUCGCCGACUACCUGUUCUUGCAUACGUCUCCGACUCAGCUUCAUUGGUCGGUAACUGUCUCAAGUCGUUACCCUUUCUAAUCGCGCAUGUAAACACCUCAACAGCGCUGCCAGUUGUGAAUAAACAUGAGCCCAGUUACCUUAGAUAGGUGUCGUCCUUUUGUGAACUGUCUCUGGCAGACGGAUGCCCGGAGAUAGCUUUGAUAACUCGCCAUCAAACACCGCUCGAGUGCCUUAUUCGCUAGCAGCUGCUGUUACGUGUGUGGGUCGAAUGUUUUUGAUCCUGUCCACAGCACGUCAGGAACCGGUAUACCCUUAAACACCACAACCGAGAGAUAUCGCCAACGAAAAAAAUG